AAUGUGGAGUGUGGAUUGGAAACCCGUACUUCACUUCGUCAAAUAAAUGUGAAAAUGACGAUGUAAUUAAACGAUUACUAUAAUUAAAAGCCAAUACGAACGAUACUGAAACGAUUAUUACAAUCAUUGACGAAAUUAAUUUAUUGAUAUACAAUAAACAGUUACAAUGGUGUAUACAUCGCUAACUAAAUUCAAUAUUCAAGAUCUAGUGCCAGGAUCAACAAAAACAAGCGGAAAAAAGAUUGAUACGGAUGCGAUUUUACCAUAUUUUAUUGUACCGGGAUUAUUGUUAAUAGCUACAAUAUCACGUACAGUCACUAUUACAGUUAUGGUAGUGAUUGCCAUGGGUGCUUUAUACGUACAGUCCAGACCGCGACAGAAAAACAGGUCCUCAUUUUUCUUCUCAUGGACAUUAUCAUCUGCAGUUUGUUUGUUCCUAAUAUUUGAGAAUGGUAUUUUGGGUUUCUUUGAAAUAACUAUGUUGGAAAAUUUUAUAUUCCUAGUACUUUUGGCUUGCACUUUAUAUUUCUUCUACAAAAUGAAAAUAAUUGCUGAAAAUGAACUGACUGGAACUGGAACCAAAGGAAAGGAGUACAGCCCAGUUUUGACAUCAGAUUCACAUUAUUGUCAAAUAUGUCAAAUUGAGGUGAAUGAAAGAUUCUUCCAUUCAAUAUGGUGGGACUGCUGUGUACUAAGACCUAACUAUAUUCACUUUCUUGCUGGUCAUAUAUUUGCUUUUGCCACACUUCUGCUUGGAACCAACUUGGGUCUAACAACAGUUUGUCAACCCUUCAUACUAUAUGAAGCAAUUCUCAUGCCUCUUGAUUGUGAAGAUAUCUACUAUGACUUCAACAUGUCGAUAUCCUUCGUUGCCUGUGUCUAUGCAUUAGGAUAUGCAUUAGUCAUUGCCGUGGUUUUAAUUCGACAACUGAUAGUCUACCUGCCAAAAUACAGCGAACCACAAUGGAAAAAACUAGUCAAUGUGCUCAAUGUAUGAAGGAAAACAUGGAUUUCUUGAGUUGUACUUAUGUUGUAUCAUUUAAAAUGCGCUUUAGUGCCUCAGUUCUACGCGUUCAUUUUAAGAUUGAUUGUGAAUUAAUUCUGCAAUAUGAAUGCAUUUAAUUUAAGUAUUUAUUUUAGCUAUAAAAUCGUAAGACCGAUUUUAAAAAUCAUUUGGAAAUUCCAAAGGUAAUUUCCUGAACUAAGUUAAUAUACCAUUUCUAUAAAUAUAAUAACAUAUCGUACUCGAUUAUUUUAUGUUGUAAUAUUAUUUCAAUGGGUACAUAAUAAAUUUUCUUUGUAAAACAUUUUUAUAUACCUACGUUUAUACCACUGUACUGUAAGUAUAAUUUGAUCAACUUAUUAUACUCGUAAUUGUUGGUGACAUUCACUCAUUAAUUGCCGUUCUGUUCUUAGAUACUAGAUGAGCAGAACAAAUUAAUUAGAAGGAUGAAGAAAUUGUGUUAAACCGAUUUAAUUAUUCAAUCCAAACCCCUCACUGUAAGUAAACGCCGAAUCGUAGCUAAGGUUCUAAACAUAUUCUAAAGCGUUUUGUAUUUCAAGGGAUAGUUACAAUAAUUUGCAGAGAUAAGGUUGAAUUCGCUGUGACGUUGUGAGACUUGCGUUAUUAUGAAUGGACCCUGGUGAAAU